AUGGAGGUACGCGAAGAACUGGGUGUUGCUAUGGCGCUCUUUGGUUGCGCUGAGGGCAAGCCGCAUACUGAAGACGAAGAAAUCGACGGCUUACAUUUACUGCCUUCCUUUGCUAUGCCGCUACUGCCCCACAACAACGAGGAAAUAGAAGCCGCAGUACUCAAUAGCGUUGAAAGAGAUAAGGUGGUGGGACUACAAGUGCGAGACACUAAUUUUCAGACACUGGAGACAACAAUGAAGGGACUAGACGUAGCAACAAUCAGUGCAGAUAUUGGAGAUGAGGAAGCGGAUAAACGCGUUGAAGACUCCAAUAUUCAAGCAAUGGUGACAUUAAGGGACGAUGCAAUGCUCAGAACGAAAGCACAAGAGAUGCUGACGAAAAAGCAGUAUCUUGUUGCCGCAGAUGCUGCAGAUCUGGCUGCAGGAACUGUUGAGCGACGUGGCUACCAAUGUCGCUUCAAAAACUGUUUCAAGUUUGCACAGGCAGGUGGAUAUUGUAUCGCCCAUGGUGGUGGAUAUCGCUGUCAGACACCGUUCUGCGCCUUUUUCAAUUUGCGCACGUGUCCGGAUCAUGGAGGCUCAAAGCGGUGCGGAGUCACUGGAUGCACUCGAGUAGCUCUUGGUUCUUUGGCACUGUGUUGUGCACAUGGUGGGGGCCGAAAGUGCUCCUACAAGAAUUGCGACAAGUAUGAUGCUGGGCAGGGUCUAUGCUUGGCCCAUGGGGGAGGGCGUGAUUGUACAAUGAGUGGCUGCUCUAAGAAAGCCAUUCGCUACGGCCUAUGCAGUAGCCACGGAGGUAGGGCGCGUUGCAAGGUGGACGGAUGUGAAAAGUAUGAUAGAGGUCAAGGCAAGUGUAAAGCGCACGGGGGUGGCUACUUUUGCAAAAUUCAAGACUGUAGCAAAAAGGAUAAAGGGGGUGGUCUUUGUGUUGCCCAUGGUGGUGGCAAGAAAUGCUAUGUCGAAGGGUGCACCACACCUUGCGUUGGUGGAGGCCGUUGCAAAUUGCACGGAGGCGGUAAACGAUGCCAGACUGAUGGGUGUCGCAAUUGGGCCCUCAAUGGCGGUCGUUGUAAACAGCACGGUGGCACAGGCAAGCGCUGCUCGCGUCGUGGAUGUGAAAAGCAUGAUCAAGGAGGUGGAUUUUGCCUUGCUCAUGGUGGCGGCUUCACAUGUACCUUUUUAGGUUGUACAAAAAAACAGAUCCGAUUUGGGCGUUGUUGUGCGCACGGUGGAAAGCCCCGGUGCACCGUGGCGGGCUGUGAACGUCUAGGGCAGGCACGCGGACUUUGUAAGGCGCAUGGUGGAACAAAGCCCUGCAUUGUUCCGGAAUGCACGCGCAAGGCUAACAGCGGAGGUCGCUGCAUCCGUCAUGGCGGUGGGGGUCGCUGCAAAAGUGAGGGAUGCAUCAAGACGAAUCGCGGUGGUGGCUAUUGCGGUGGCGUAUGCCCACAACAUGAGUUAUUCACCGCAGCCGCAGUUGUCUCCGUAUGA